AUGUCCAACGAGGAAGACGACUACAUGUCCAUGGUGAUCGAAGAGCCCACCCAAAAAGAGACCUUCACCCAACGUAAACGUCGUGAACAACGAGAGGCCGAAGCCCGCGGACGAGUCCCCUCCAAAGCAGAACGCGCCGCACAAGAAGCAGCCCGCCGCGAUGAAGCCCUCGCAAAAAGCACCCUCGACCCAUCAAACAAGGGUUUCCAGAUGAUGGCCAAACUAGGAUUCAAGCCUGGUGAGUCACUUGGUAAACGCGAUCCUCCCGGUCCAUCGAGUGCGACUUCGACGAAAGAGAAUGGGUCGGACGCGGCGCAUCGGCCAGCUCCCGCCAGAUCCGAGCCAUUGAAUCUCAUUUUCAAGGAAGGUCGGGGUGGAAUUGGUCUAGAUAGUGAGAAGAAACGGAAGAUCCGGGAGGAGGCGGCCGAGGCGACUAAGAGGGUUAAACAGGAUGAGGGUGAUUAUCGGGAUCGGGUGCGCGAGGAGCGGGAGACAAGACGCGCUGAGGCGCAUGUUCGUGCUGCGCAGAAAGUUGCGGAGAGGUUGGAUGCUGAGGUGGAAAAUGCUGAGGCUGAGGCUCAGACUGAUGCUGAGGCUCAUGGGGAGGGCGAAUCUCGCGCGAACGAUACAUCAAAAGCCCCAUCCAAGGCUGGCGAUGUGAUCGACAGCGACGAAGCCGACACACCCAACCACACUGAUGAAUCACGCAAGACCAGCCCUCCAAAAAAGAAACACUACAAACCAACCGCCAAACUCAACAUCCUCUACCGUGGUCUUGUCCGCGAGCGCGAAGAACGCGAACGAUCCAUCCAAGCCCGUCACGCCCUCCAAACCUCCCUCCCAUCCUCGUUCUUUCCCGGGGCCAAAUUACCGGGCUACACGGACGUGACUCUAGAUGGUGAUGACCAACAAGCGCUCGGGACGAGAGAGGCUUACACAGCCAUUGUGGAGCAAGAACUCGAAGAAGAAGAUCCCGAGUUAGAUGCGUUUAAUGCCCUGGAACCGGCGGAGCGAUUGCGGAUGUUGGUGGCAUAUCUACGGGACAAAUACAGGUAUUGUUUCUGGUGUAAGUAUCGCUAUGAAACGGAUGAUGAGUUGGAGGGGUGUCCUGGGUUGACGGAGGAAGAUCAUGAUUGA